CGGCGCCGCGGCGCGGCUGCCGAUUCAUGGCAGCGAUGGCGGCGGCCGGGCUGGUGGUGAACGGGGCGGACGCGGCCGCGGGGCUGAAGGCGGCGGCCGGGAUGUACGAGCAGCUCAAGGGCGAGUGGAACCGCAAGAGCCCGAACCUCAGCAAGUGCGGCGAGGCGCUGGGCCGCCUCAAGCUAGCCCUGCUGGAGCUCAACUUCCUGCCUACUACAGGCACGAAACUGACGAAGCAGCAGCUUAUAUUAGCCAGGGAUAUUCUGGAAAUCGGAGCCCAGUGGAGCAUUCUGAAGAAAGACAUCCCAUCGUUCGAGAGAUACAUGGCUCAGCUGAAAUGCUACUACUUUGACUACAAGGAUGAGUUACCGGACUCCGCUUACAAGCAUCAGCUGCUAGGACUGAACCUGCUCUUCCUGCUGUCCCAGAACCGCGUGGCUGAGUUCCACACCGAGCUAGAGAGACUCCCAGCGAAGGACAUCCAGACCAACGUGUACAUCAAACACCCCGUCUCGCUAGAGCAGUACUUGAUGGAAGGCAGCUACAACAAAGUGUUCCUGGCCAAAGGAAACAUCCCUGCUGAGAGUUACACUUUCUUCAUCGACAUCUUAUUGGACACCAUUCGGGAUGAAAUCGCUGGCUGCAUUGAGAAGGCUUAUGAGAAAAUCCUCUUCAACGAAGCCACCAGGGUUCUGUUCUUCAACACCCCCAAGAAAAUGACGGAAUACGCCAAGAAGCGCGGUUGGGUUCUGGGUCCACACAACUACUACAGCUUCAGCAGCCAGCAGCAGAAACCCGAAGACACCACCAUCCCGUCGACAGAGUUAGCUAAACAAGUCAUUGAAUACGCCAGGCAGCUAGAAAUGAUCGUCUAGCUGAGCUCCGCCGGGACUCUUUCCCCACCCCCGCCCUGGUCCCCUUGUUAUUUUAGUGUCUUACUCCUGGUUCCCAUCAACCUGUCCGUUUUUAAAACUAUUUAAAAGGUUUCUCCAGGACAGCACAGUUACAGUGUGAGCAGCCAGGCUGCCUUGUUCCUUUAUGCAGAAAUGUCCCAUAAGCAGGAAGGGCCCUAAAGGGUCACACUGCUCUGGGCUUCUCUGGUUCAGCAGCAUGGGUGGAGGGCAAGACCCUUUUUAAAACCCUUCUAAACCCAAACUCUUCUCCAUGUGGUGGACCCACUUUCCAGCCCACAGCCAUUAACACCCGUGUUCUGGAUGCUGUGGUACGGGUGAUGGCCUCUAUUCUACGCGCCUCUGUCAAGCAGGGUAGCGGGGGCACGUCAGAUUCUAGUCAACAAAUGGUUAAGCAGCCCCCAAGAGCCAUCAUUAAAGUGUUUUGCUUCGUAUUCCCUGCUCCAGUUGUUGAGUCAUUUAAAGGGACUGUGUCAGUUUAAAGGGACUGUGUCAGUUUAAAUAAAACGAUCGUUUCUUGUACAAAUGCA